GACACUCGCAGUCUAUCAUUGGUUAUUGUGAGGAAAAAGGGGUGUGAUCACGACGCAGAUCGGAGAGCCGUGCUGCGGGAGGAGCGAGCAGCGUGUUUCCGGGAGCCAUCUAUCGAGCGGCGCGGAACACACGCGGCAAUGGAAGCCGAGUUUCGGGAAAUCGAUGAGCUCGGGAACUGGAACGCCGUUUACCAGGAGAUUAAGCAGCAGUCCAGUGACCUACCAUGCAAGAUCGCCAAACUUCCAGAAAACAGAAGUCGUAAUCGUUACAGAGACGUCAGCCCAUUUGACCACAGCCGUAUUCAUCUACAGAUCGGCAAUAAUGACUACAUCAAUGCCAGUCUGAUCUCAGUGGAUGAAGCUCAGAGAAACUACAUACUAACUCAGGGUCCAUUACCAAACACCUGUGGUCACUUCUGGGAGAUGGUGUGGGAGCAACGCUGCCGAGGGGUCGUCAUGCUGAAUCGUGUUAUAGAGAAAGGCUCGGUAAAGUGUGCUCAGUACUGGCCUCAGCGAGAGGAGAGGGAGGCUGUUUUUGAGGACACAAACUUCAGACUUACUCUGAUCUCAGAGGAUGUGAAAUCGUACUACACAGUACGACUGUUGGAGCUGGAAAAUCUGUCGACACUGGAAACACGGGAGAUUCUUCAUUUCCACUACACCACAUGGCCGGAUUUCGGCGUGCCAGAGUCACCUGCGUCUUUUCUCAACUUCCUGUUCAAAGUGCGCGAGUCGGGCUGUCUGAGUCCAGAUCACGGCCCUGUCGUGGUUCACUGCAGUGCUGGAAUCGGCCGUUCUGGAACAUUCUGCCUUGUAGACACCUGCCUUCUACUGAUGUCUCAGAGGGAAGAUCCAUCAUCAGUACGCAUCCAGGAGGUUUUGCUGGAAAUGCGACGAUACCGCAUGGGUCUGAUCCAGACAGCUGAUCAGCUGCGUUUCUCCUACCUCGCUGUCAUAGAGGGUGCCAAGUACAUCAUGGGAGAUACGUCUGUACAGGAGUCUUGGAAGGAGUUAUCAAAUGAGGAGGAUCUGCCCCCUGAAUUCACUCCUCCUCCCAGGCCACGGCCCCCAAUAGAUCCUCCCAAUGGCAAAGACGACCUGGUGAACUCUGACCCCACACACUUCUUCAAUGAGAUCAUAAAAAACAAUGCAGAAAUCUGUGCAAAAAGUGCACCCCAGACAUUCACAGACGGGCCAGACCUACGUAGACGGGUGGUCGCAGCUGGCGAGGCUGACGCGGCGGCAUUGUCAAGCGAACAACCCGACGACCCAAUCGUUCCAAGAGAAGCCCCUCCCAAACCUGCGCGGUCUCCGCCCAAGACUCCCACGGCAGAGGCUGCUCCUGCUCCCGCCUGUGGAGCGUGGAGCCCCUUGAUGACCUGUGUGUGUAUGUGCACGGUACUGGCUGCAGGUGCUUAUGUCUGUUACCGCACCUAUUUCCACUGAUGCCCUGUCUUUCGUUCCGUCUCUUUCUCUAUCCCUCCAUCUGCUGGCUAUUGGCGGGAAAAGAAAAAGAGAGACACAUACACACAGACACUCAUACUUUCUCAGCUGGACCUGUCUCUCUCAGCUGAGCCCAUCUCACUCUCUCCGUGUCUCUGGGGAAAGUUUCAGAGGCUUUUCUCUGCCAAACUGCUGUCGUCUCCCUCUAUACACACUCUUACACACAAUCUAAUAAACGUGUGUCCGUUUAAAACCUCAGGGCCUCACAAUUCAGGUGUUGCUACCUAAACGUUAUGUACAGGUAAAAGAAAAUCCAAAAGACUCUGUUAUUGCUGCCGUAAGUAAGGGAAAUUUUUGUGUGUAUGUAUCUCAAUCAUAUGGCAUUUUUUUUUGCAUUUUAAGUCUGACGACUAUCAGUGAUGGUCUCGGAUGGAGCUGCACAGGAGGUUAGCUCAUAACACAUGCUGAACACACAAAUCUGCUGUACCUAAUAGAAAACAUUUGUGCGUCUCAGAGAAAAGGGAGGUCACAAGUAGUCUGGGAUGUCUGAUAUGAUCAAGUGAUCUGUGUUACACUAUUGUUACAGUAGAAAACAUCCCAAAUUUUUCUCUUUUCAUCCUUUUUUUUUUCAUUCUCAGCUUUUUUGUGUAUGCCAAAGGUGACACUGGCACUUCAUUCGUUUUCUUUGUCAAAACCAUUUCCUUUUAACCAAAAUGUUCAGACCAUUUAGUCAGAUCCAAUCUUGCAGAUCUGAGGCCUAAUGCAAUAAAAGGAACUGUGUUUAGUUCAGUCAAAAGAGAACUUGCAUUUUAGUUUUCAUUAAACAGAAAUACUAAAAUCACUUAAAAUCAGGCAGGCAUUCUUACUAGACCUGAUGUUCUGCACUUGAUGGGUCUUUAAACCCAAAUUUGAGUACAUUUAAUUUAAAGUGAGCUUUGGAAAUCGAGGGGAAGAAAGUUAACUUUAAUGAUGGAACAGCAUUUACUGCGAAUCCCUCUGUGUUUUCAUCUAAACAUCCCUGGCUAAUUCAUUAUUAAUCAAAGAUGUGGCAAAGCUCAACCAACAGGUGGCAGUAUUGAGUGCAAUGAGAUUUUAUUUUUUAUUUUUUUUGCUUUUAUUCCCCAUUAGAUGAUAGUGAUUCAUAGGACAGGUUUUGAAUUUGAAUUUUUACCUUUUUUCUAGCUGCAAUACAGAUACGUUCAAAUGCUUCUGGCCUUUGUCAUGUGAUUCGAACGGUGUGCAGUGAGCGCAGGGGGUCAGACUAACCAAAAAAAAAAAAAAAAAAUCCCGAAACACCAGCAGCGAAUGAAUGCAACGAGAGAAACUAUCAGUGACACUGAGCUGUCUUUGUGUUUUACUGUUUUUUAUUAUAUUAUUGUCAUAGUAAUUAUUAUCGAGAGAGAUUAACGGCAGACGGGCAUCAACAUUUCCUUCAAAUCAAACCACGCUGCAGAACUGUUACUUUUGAACAAUGUGUGAACAAGUCCAAUGCAGUAACCUCAAAACAAAUUAAGCCUUUUCUUUAGGUGUGUUGAGGCCUGAAACGCUUUUAAUUGUGACUUCGCUUUGUGUGGUGACUUUUUGACUGCUGCUUGACCAGUCCAGAAUUGUAUUUUUUGGGUUGCUGGGUGGAUUUUCCUGUUUGUAGAGGUUCAGUGUUUCACACUCUGAAGCUGUUGAUGUUUGGUUUGAAGGUUCUGCCACCAUCCAUCAUGACUCUCAGAAUCUGGUCCUUUAGCGGGACCACAGAAUGUAAAGUCUUUUUGAUGGCUUUAUUUACACACACAUAUAUAGAGAAAUAUAUUCGUCUGUGUCAUUGUUUGUCUUCUUUCAGUUAUCUUUGGACUGGUAGACAUCAGACUUUUUUGGCCUUUGUAUUUGAGGCGUAAGAAUCCCCCGCAACCUGUUGUGUUCUUUUUAAUGUUGAUUAUCUGUUUGUUUUUUUUUUGUAAGAAAAGCAUAUGCUUUGUUCCAGUUGGAUGUAAUGACAGUUGAAAUUUUAUUUUUCGGACAGAAUACAGAGCAGACGCUGUGGUAAUAAAUGUGUACAUCUCUGAUUA